CUAUUAUGGAAGAAAAAUAUCAACAUAAAUUCAGAGAAAUGUAACAUUGAUCUUUACUUACACUGGUGUUCUACAAGUGUUUGAGUCUGUAGAAGGUGAAAUUUACUUAUAAGUAAUAAUGGUACGAAUAAAGUGGUCAUUGACCAAUGCUCCAAACAUUCUUAGGCUUAAUUUGAAACAGAAAUGGUGGAAUUUUCAAAUUAUUAUAAAAUCAUUAUUUUAUAAUGAUUUUUUGAAUUGGAGCUAUAUAUGUGAUAUACUUUUGGAACCAAUGUUUUGGUUUGUAGAAAACUUUACUGCUUGUCUAGGGCCGGUAUUUGUGGUGAUGGUGAGCCUUUUAACUGCAAGUAUCGUGUACAUUGCAUAUUACAUUGGUCUACCAUAUUGGUGGGAAAAGAGUCCAUUUAUGACAAUAAUCCUUCUAUUGGUUGGAAACUGGUUGCUGAUAAAUGUAUGCUUCCAUUAUUAUAUGGGUGUAAAUGUUCCAGCUGGUUAUCCACCUCAAGGUAGUCUUAUUCCAGAGGCUGUGAGUAUUUGUAAGAAAUGUAUUAAACCAAAACCACCCAGAACGCAUCAUUGUUCUGUGUGUAACAGAUGCAUCCUGAAGAUGGAUCAUCACUGUCCAUGGUUAAAUAAUUGUGUUGGCCAUUAUAAUCAUAGACACUUUUUUCAAUACAUGGCAUUUACAGUAGUUGGUAUUUUAUUCAUAAUGCUGUUUGGCGUUGAAAUAGCAUAUCAAGAAUUUUUCCCAGCACAAGAACCAGAAUUAGAUGGCCAUCCAGUGCGUAUUAAUAAUUCCGAAAUAAUUCCUGUGACCGAAUCGCUAGAUCAUUUAAGUGAAGAAGAAUUAGCUGAAAUAGCUAAACAAGCUGCAGAUACAAAUACUAAAGAAUGGAAACGAAGACUUAUAGUUUUUGCAGCAUUAAUUUGUGUUGCUACUUUUGCGGCAUUAGGUGCUUUGACAUGUUGGCACGCGGGUCUUAUCACUAGAGGAGAAACAAGUAUAGAGGCGCGUAUAAACAGCACUGAAACGCAAAAGUAUAAAGCACUUGGUAAAAUAUAUCAAAAUCCAUAUAACUUUGGACCAAGACAAAACUGGAAACUAUUUUUAGGUGUUACUGGCAGAAGUUGGUGGCAUGUAUUUUUUCCAUCAAAUCAUGGUCCAGAUGGAGACGGUCUUACAUGGAAAACUAUUCACGAUACAAAAAUAUCUUGAGUAUAAUUCUAACGCCUAGAAACGGCAAUAUCAGCAUUAUUUUUUACAGUCAUGGUGAAAUCACUCUUACAGAUUUAAAAAUCUUCUAGUCAGACUAUAUCACUACAACAAUACAAUAUUACAUCCAAUUCACGUUUUGCAUAGUUCGAAUAACUUAAUAUCAAUGUAAAAAUCACAUCAGGUUUUCAAAUUUACAAUAUCACUUAAUUAUACUAAACAUGUAUAUACACGUCACAACAGCUA